AUGUUUGACGGGUCUGCCUUGCCAGCGAUGCAGACUUCACUGUGCCAUGCUCCUCAAAACACAUAUAGUCCUCAAGAGUUGGCUUUGGAAAUCAAGGCUUUCAUCAGUGGGGUUGACCAGACACAGGGGCGUAAGCUCAGUGUCCGUGAUCACGCGCGCUGUGCCGUGCGUCUUCUCCGUACCGUGCCUGCAUGUCGUGGUGCAGUUCUGGAGCACUUAAGGGGGGUGUACGAUGAGUAUGUGGCCGCUUUCCUGCAAGACCUUGAGGCAGAAGACGAAAACGUCGGGAAUGAUACUGGCGGAGGAAACAAUAAUAGCGUCUCAAAUCUUGAAGAUGUAAUUAAAGAGAUUCAUGGCGUCCUCUUGGAAUUCAUCAGACUAAAUCCCAAAGCAUGGGCUCCGCUAGUGUCUGCCUGGGCUGUGGACCUACUGGGCCAGCUGAGCAGUAAACAUGCAGGGCGAAGAGCGGCCCCACAUUCUUCCAGUCUCAAUGAGCUGCUUCAGUUGUGGAUGUCCUGUGCAGCCACUCGCUCCCUAAUGGAGUGUUAUUCCCAGUGCUUGGCCGCCAUGUUGUCCUGGUGCCCCGACGCUUGCGUGGAUGCGUUGUUGGACACCUCUGUGCAGCACUCACCUCAUUUUGACUGGGUAGUGGCACACAUUGGUUCUGCUUUCCCCGGCACGAUAAUCAGUCGAGUGCUGGCUUGUGGGCUCAAGGACUUUUAUGCACAUGGUUACUCUGCAUCAACAAUGAGUGUAGUUUCAGAUAAGGCCAACCCACAGCAGACAGCUCUUACACCUCCCUCUGUGGCAGCCAUUGACAAAAGUAAUAGGGUGCCCAAAAUUGGCUCUGUAGUGGGUAUCCUCGGACAUUUGGCAUCUCGACACUCUGACAGUAUUAAGAAGGAGCUUCUGAGAAUGUUCCAGGAUAGCCUGUCACCACCACCCCAAUCUGCUCCUCCCCCAUCCUCAGGGGCCGGAGGGUGGGAGAGCUCACCUCACCUCCGCAGAGCCACUGUGCCUUUCCUGCUCCAACUGGCUGCUCUUUCCCCAACUCUCCUGGGCGCCGUGUCCACUGAGCUGGUGGAUUUUCUCCGUCCACCUGUCCUACUCCAGCUCCAGGCUCAGUUUCAGGGCCUACCUAGAGAGGAACUGGAGAACAUGCUAGGCCUAGCAGUACAUCUGAUUAGCCAGACUCCCACCGGUGGAACCAGAGUUCUCAGAUUCUUGGCUGAUACGGCCACUCCAGCCUCUGUCAUCAUAUCAGGCCCCACUCCCUCCCCACAUGAUGGGAUACGUGAAGCCUGUGACCGUCUCCUCCAAAUGCUUCUGCUGCACCUGCACAAGCUUGUCUAUAAUCGUCCUGAGGGUGAUGAACCACACCCUCAUUCCUCUUCUUCCUCUGUGACAGCAAUGCCUCGAGUGAUCCCAUUCCUGGAGGAGCUGCAGGCCCAUGUUGGUGAGCUUUGUGCAGAAACUCUCAGGUUGGAGCGCAAGAGACACCUGUGGCUUCAUCAGCUUCUCUGCCUGCUCUCUGUUUAUGGAGGCCCCAGCGUGGCCACAGAAGCUCUUUGUCAACUGCUUACCCAAGCAAGGAACCCUGAAGAACUGGCACUGGCCUCGCAACUCCACUCCCCACUUUCAACCUCCAUUCCUGGGUUGCUACCUGCUGCAGUUGCCCGUUGUGUGGCUCAGAUUCACACCCAGAAUCUGAACAGUAGAGAGCUAGGACAGCUCUUAAACAACCUGGCCACUGCUGUGCAAAGUCAAGAGGAAGACCGGAAGGGAGGGCCAACGGGAGGUUCAGGUUCAUCAAUGGCUUCUCAAGUCGGGGCAGCUGUUUCCAGCCACCUCCAUGACUUCUGUUCACUGCUUCUUCAUGGAGACAUGAUAGUAUCCAGGGCGGCAGCACGUCUCUUGUCCUGCAGCCAGCUACCCCGAGCUGCAUCCUCAGCUCACUUACUCCUAAUAUGCCGAGCCGCCGUGGCACAUUUCUUCGUAGCGCUGCGACAGAGAGGAGAAGGGGUGAAGAUAGGAGGGCAAGUAGGAGGAGAAGCAGUGAGCUACUCCAUGAGGCUCCUGUCCCGUCUGGCUGCUCAUUCACCACUGACCCUCAAAGCAGUACUUCAGCAGCUUGUGGAGGGAGCCUUGCACAAGGGCAACAGAGAUUUAUUCGGAGGUCAACACGAAAGUCCUGGAGAGGACUCUGCAGUCUCGUCCACUCUUGAGCCUGACUUGGAUGUCUCGCUGCUUGAUGUGAACCUCAAGUUUGGCACCACUGUUAAUUUCUCUGGUAGCGUAUGGUCGGUGUUCCAUGCCGGAGUGAUCGGAAAGGGUCUGAAACCACCGCACUCUUCUGCUCAGCCAGACCCAGUGCGGGUCAGUCAGAAUCUUCAGACUUUGCUUGCGGUCACAGUCCAGUGCUGCAGCACUGGUGGAGGAGGAGGAGGCACUGGUAAUAAUGGCAGUAACGGAGCCGGUGCUGUCCCGGGUGGCGGCCGAUUUCAGCAUGGUGGAGAGCCACCCUUGUUUGACGAGCCCAUUCCAAUAAAUGCCGAAGCAGCCAAGACAAUCGCUGUGACGCUCGUAGAAAAUAUCUGUCCUGACGUUGCAAACGGAGAACUGUCUUGGCCACCAGAAGAACACGCCAAGACCACCGUCGAGAGGGACAUCCACAUCCGCCGGUGCUUUGAAGCGAAUCCUGUCCUGUUCCACUUCCUUCGUGUGGUGGCAGCCGGGCGGCCAGCUUUAUGUUACUGUUCGGUUGUCCUUAGGGGCCUUCUCGCUACCCUUCUAACGCACUGGGAAUCAUCACGGGAGUCAUCAGUCGCUGACUCCCCCUGGCACCUCCAAGCGUCUUGCCUUCUUGUAUCUUGCAUGGGAGAAGGUCAGCUCCUGCCUCCGGUUCUCAGUAAUAUUCAUGAAGUCCUCCCUCACCUCUCACCAUUUGAAGUCAGGUUGCUGCUGCUGGGUGUAUGGGAGUAUAUGAGAGGGAAUAGCCCCAUGCCACAGAAGUUCACGUUUAACGCAGAGAAAGGACUGUUUUACCGCGACUUCUCACGUGAUGGUGACGUGGCACGUUACACUGCUCCCAUUCACAGUGUCCUGCAUAAAAACAUUGACAGACUUGGACAUCUGUGUUGGAGGUUUCAGGUCUGA